GAAAAAAACUCCGAAGCCCAUUCAUCGUCCUCAUCUUCUACAAUUCUCCCACAGCCCACUUCUCCCUCCUCUUUCACGGCCACCACCAUCCUACUGCCGAAUUCUUAUUCUCCCCUUGCACACACCACCAGCCUUCUCUAAGUUAGAUAGCUAUUUAAAUGAACAAACUAGCAAGAGAAAGGAAGCUCGGGACUUAGUCGAUUGGGCUAGGAAAGAAAGGACUCGAGAAAGGGCUACCAGGAGAGGAGGGGAGGAGAGCUCGAGAUUAAACCAAAAAGGAGAUUAAGACUUUGGGGUUGUAUCAAUGGAGGGAUUGAAGCUGGCGCUGGCUAAUUUGCUGGUCUACAUACACCCAUCCAAGUCCAAAAUUAUUUCUGAUGCAAUAUUGGUUGAACUCAACUCUUUACUCUUCAAGUUCAAUGAAACCUUUGAUGGAGUUGUACUGGCUUAUGAGCCAAAUGUGCAAAGCUAUUUAGCCAAGAUUUUGCCCGGUUUACAUCCUUAUCUGGGGGUCAGCAUACAGUCGGAACUAUUACUUUUUCAUCCAAAGCCGGAUAUGAUCGUUGAGGGAGAAGUAGUAAAAGUCACUGAAUCAGCUAUCCAUCUUAUCGUUCUUGGUUUCUCGUCAGCUAUUAUAAUGGAUUCAGACAUUCGCGAAGAAUUUCGGUAUAAAGCUAAACACGGCAAGGAGGUUUUUAAAAGCACUGUUCAUCGGAAACACAGAAUUAGAGUUGGAACUAUCAUGCGCUUUGUAGUUAAAAGUUUUGAUGAAGAGAUAAUUCACAUAUCCGGAUCGUUGCUUCCUGUUCAUACUGGAUGUGUCAAAUGGUUGGAGAAACAUGUUGAAGAACUGUCACAAUCCGAAAGUAACACUAAGAAAAGAAAAGCUAUCAAAGAAACGGGUGAAGUCUAUGCAGUGGAUAAAGUUGCAACUGAUGGGGAAAAAGUGCCGGUGGUAGUUUCCAAAACAAACGUGAAGUCAAAGAAAAGGAAAGACAGAAGUAGAUAGAGAUUGCAGUCAAAGCUCACAUCAUCUAUGCUUUUGUACCGUGUAUUCUUUGUACCCUCUGAAUUUGAUGUGUGCUAGUGGUAGUGUGAUACCAAUUGUUCCAAUUGAUGUAGUAAUCAUUUUUCGAAUAUUACUAUCUUUAUUUCUGGUUUACCUGUUGUAUUUGUUUUCGAAAAGAUGCGUAGCGUCUUAUGAUAGUUACGGUUACAGGUCUCUGGAGCUUCAUAGGUCAUGAAGCAGCUCAUAUCUUGAAGGCAAGCAGAUUUCAAGCAAAAACUACCUUAAUUAUUAGGUGACAUCGACUAUAUAUAAUCUGUAAUAUGGAAUUGUUGAGGCAAAGCUUUCGUGUGUAAAAUAUAUCACAUAACUUUUACUCAGCGUAAGUUCUCCUUUCUGUUAGCCUAUUUGUUCCAGAUUUAAUAUAAUGCUUGCUGAAUAUACAAUGGAAAGCAAUACUUUUUGAAGCUUUGCCAUUCGCUUCAUACUGUUAAAUUGGAAAAAUGGAUUUGAUGGUUAGUAACUACUGGCUUAAUCCUGUUCUUGCUUACUGUAAUCUUGUCAAAGGGAUGGUCACUUUCUAUUUCUACUGAAGUUACAUUGUUGUGACCAAGUUUUGAUCACCGCUAAGUGAAAAAACUGUUAAUGACUUUCAUUAUUUAUAUCUUUUCCCCUGCAAUUAAUCAUGGAGAAAGGGC